AUGCCACUGCAAGAUGCCAACCGAGCAGGCUACAGGAGGAUGCUGGCGGAGCAGCGCAGACAGCGCGGUGCCUACGAUCCGGCCCGUCUUGCCCAAAUCUCAUCCCGCCAUGCUGCACGGCGCACACGUCUAGGCCGUGCAGGUCGAUCGUCGUCAAAGCCGGCGGGAGGGAUGCGGAUGAUAAAGCGCGACGACACGGCUCUUGCCGAGCAAGACGUGCUGAACGCCGUGAUCGAUGCUGCCAAGCCGUCCGAGGAUGUGGAGCUGCCACCCGCGCCUGCCGUUCCGGGUGCAGCGCCCGAUCCCAUCCUCCCGUCGGCUCCAGACCAUUCUGGCGCAGAGUCGGAUCCCAAUCUGCCGCCUGCACCAGACCAUUCGGGUGCGCCGCCUCCGGUCAACUCGCUUCCGUCCGCUCCUGCACAUACGGGCGCCAAAGUGGCCACCCCACCUCACCCCUCUACUGCUCCAGUGGGUCAGGGAUCAACGCCUUCACUUCCUCCGCCGGCCAACGUCAGCUUCAAUGGAACGACGCCCGUUGACGCGCAGGCGAGCUCGGGUGCUGGCCCUGCUGACCCGAGCGCAGGCGGGGAUAGGUCGCACCACACCAUGGUAGCGGUGGUAAGCAGCGUCAUUGUGAUUGCCACAGUGCUCGUCGGGGUGAUGUGGCUCUUGCGACGCUAUCGACGCAGACGCACGAGCGAGACGGAAGAAAAGAACUCGUGCCAGCUUACGAGCAAGUCGCAGCGUCUGCACUCGUUGGACGGCCGCCCAGAUGCGCACGCCUACGCAUCAGCCGUCAAAACUCCUGUUCCCUAUGCGGCACACACGGAUUCGAACGAGACGCUGGUCAACAUCACACCUCCCUCGGCGGCUUUGACAUACGAAAAGCCCAUGUCGCACGCCAUUGCACCCGGAUCGAACGGAGUCGCUUCCGCUGCUGGUCAGCGAGGGUUGGAAUCGGGACGCGUGGCGAUGCCGACGAUCGUAGCGCCUCGUCCGCUGGAUUCGAUCGCCGAGGUGCAUGAGAUCCACACGGGCACUUCGACGCACUUUGAGAUGUGCACGCGUGGCCGUGACGGCUUGCUCUCCCCCGACACUCCUAGGCGUCAACUCUCCCCGACGCGAUCCUGCGCAGAUGACAAGACGCGUCCACUUACUGCGCCCAGCACGACUGGCUUUGGCAAACCAGCCAUCUCGGGAUCAAGUUCACUCGAUCACGACGCCCAAGGAGCCCGCAACACUACUGCAGGAGGAGGGCUUUUGGCUUUGUCGCGUCCCCACAGCUCCAAGGGACGGCCGACGAGCUCAAAGGGUCGCGAGAUCGAGAUGACGCGCAAAGGCUCGCAGCUUGUCAUUCGCGACCGACCCAGUACGGCCACCCUCCGACCUAUGUCGAAAGCAGGCACCACCUUUCGCAGCGCCCUCCGUCGUAACGCUGCAGACGAUGAUGCGGAUGGAGCGAUCUAUAUCGAGACCGACGGCAUCGUGGGACCGACAAGUCGCGAUUCGGUGUACCUCGAAGCGCCAGCCGCUCGAAGGGGUGAACUGAGCGUUCCCGUCUCGGCAGUGUCGCGUCGGGAGGGAGGGCUGCCUUCUCGCUUUAGCAACAGCACAAUGCACACGGCACGACGUACGAGCUGCGCCACCACCGUUUCGCCUACGGGCAGCUUCAGCUUUGAGAUCAAGGACGCCGUACGCCAGUCUGCACCGCUCACCAUCCAGCCUGGCGCCCCACCCAGCCCCACCGACACCGUUCGGGGCGCAGCAGCACACAGACAGGCGAACGAAGAUCAGGGUCCGGAGACAGGCGGCAGCUUGGGAGAGGGCUUCGUGCAGGAGCUCGACUGGAACGUGCAUUCGGCCAGCUUGGCAGUCGACGGCUAUCCGCCCUUUGGCGCCAUGCAUUCGACCACGCCCUGA